CGAACCCCGCGGGGGGGGACCCCGCGGAACAGGCCCCGGACCCCAACUCGGCCGGAGCCCACACCGGGGCCUGCCCGGACAAGCCGGCCCCCUCCCUAGGUAUAGGAAUGGACUCCUGUGUGAUUCCCUUGAGGCACGGGGGUCUCUCACUUGUACAGACCACAGACUUCUUUUACCCCUUGGUGGAAGAUCCUUACAUGAUGGGGCGCAUCGCCUGUGCCAAUGUGUUAAGUGAUCUUUAUGCCUUGGGCAUUACUGAAUGUGACAACAUGCUGAUGUUACUCAGUGUCAGCCAGAAGAUGAAUGAGGAGGAGCGAGAGAAGAUAAUGCCACUUAUGAUCAAAGGCUUUCGGGAUGCUGCUGAGGAAGGAGGAACCUCAGUAACCGGUGGACAGACUGUGGUGAACCCUUGGAUUAUAAUUGGAGGCGUUGCUACUGUGGUCUGCCAGCCUAAUGAGUUCAUCAUGCCAGACAAUGCAGUUCCUGGAGAUGUACUUGUGUUAACCAAACCAUUAGGGACACAGGUUGCUGUCAAUGCUCACCAAUGGCUGGAUAAUCCAGAGAAAUGGAAUAAAAUCAAGCUGGUGGUGUCCAGAGAAGAUGUAGAACUGGCCUAUCAGGAAGCUAUGUUCAGUAUGGCAAUGCUGAACAGGACGGCUGCUGGCUUAAUGCACACCUUCAAUGCUCACGCAGCCACAGAUAUCACUGGCUUUGGCAUCUUGGGACACGCUCAAAACCUGGCCAAACAACAGCGGAGCGAAGUUUCCUUCGUCAUUCACAACCUACCCAUCAUUGCCAAGAUGGCUGCUAUUACCAAAGCCUGUGGCAAUCGCUUUGGCCUGCUCCAAGGAACCUCUUCAGAAACCUCUGGGGGCCUGCUGAUCUGUCUGCCCCGAGAGCAGGCGGCUCGCUUCUGUGCUGAGAUCAAAUCCCCCAAGUACGGCGAAGGCCACCAGGCGUGGAUUAUUGGCAUCGUGGAAAAGGGGAACCAGACAGCCCGGAUCAUCGACAAGCCUCGGAUUAUUGAGGUCACCCCCCGGGGCGCUGCCGCCCCACCUCCCGACAACAAUUCCAGUGCCAGUCCCGAAACGGGCUCGUGAGGUGGCAACGCCACGGUGGCUUGGACUUUAUAGGCUUUGGGACGGAGUGGUGAAAGGUUAGGAAGAACGGGCUUGUGACUUGUCUUGGGGAAGGAGAAUUUUCCACCUUGAAUACCCAGAGUAAAAGUUGCCCUUCAUGAGUAACACUUUAACAGAAGUUAAAGGGGAACAGCUGCUUUGGUGCGUAACCACCUCUCUAACUUCCAUUUCAAGCUUUUUCCAAGUCCAAAGUGGAGUGACCUCUUUCCCGUUUCUGAGGGCAAGAUAAGGUGGUUAAACAUUAAUAAUGAGAUUAAUUCUCCCCACAUUAAGUGUUUCCUAAAGUGUUAUUUGCUUUCGAUAAAUCUUAUUUUCUAUACAGGAAUCAGACCUUCCUCUAAUCAGACCGGAAGGAAAGGCAGUGCAAGAAAAAUCUCCCUCCCCCCUCGGGCUCGGGAGGGACGACUGAGUUGUCUGGAAUUAUUUAUUGGAUUGUGCCGAAAUUCUGGCUCUGCCACGCCCCGGGUAAGAAUUGAGCAGCUUGCCCAGAGGCGACAGAGUACUAGAACUCCGCGGACCCCAGGCCUUGUCUCUGUACAUGACGCGUCUCCCAUCAAACCCCGUUAAGGGCCGGGAGAGGCCGAGGCAACCCCAGAGGCUAGGCCCGAGGAUCAUUCAACUACCAUUUUAGGCUGUACAUUCAUAAUUAAUAAAGAGUGGUCAUUUCUA